AUGUCCUCCUUCUCCGAGUCGGCGUUGGAGAAGAAGCUCUCGGAGCUGAGCAACUCUCAACAGAGCGUGCAAACCCUGUCCCUGUGGCUCAUACACCACCGCAAGCAUGCGGGACCCAUCGUCUCUGUGUGGCACCGCGAGCUCCGCAAAGCCAAAUCAAAUAGAAAGCUUACUUUUUUGUACUUAGCGAAUGAUGUCAUCCAAAACAGUAAAAGGAAAGGACCUGAAUUCACUAGAGAAUUUGAAUCUGUCCUUGUGGAUGCUUUUUCUCAUGUUGCCAGAGAGGCAGAUGAAGGCUGUAAAAAACCUUUAGAAAGAUUGCUGAACAUCUGGCAAGAAAGAAGUGUGUAUGGCGGCGAGUUCAUACAGCAGCUGAAGCUGUCUAUGGAGGACUCCAAGAGCCCUCCCCCCAAAGCAGCAGAAGAGAAGAAAUCCCUGAAGCGAACUUUUCAGCAGAUCCAAGAGGAGGAGGACGACGACUACCCUGGAAGCUACUCUCCCCAAGAUCCUUCUGCAGGACCCCUCUUGACUGAGGAACUAAUCAAAGCUUUGCAGGACCUGGAGAAUGCUGCAUCGGGGGAUGCUACUGUCCGGCAGAAAAUUGCUUCUUUGCCCCAAGAAGUGCAAGAUGUUUCUCUCUUGGAAAAAAUAACAGACAAAGAGGCAGCCGAACGUCUCUCAAAAACAGUAGAUGAAGCGUGUCUGUUACUAGCAGAAUAUAACGGGCGUCUGGCGGCAGAACUGGAAGACCGGCGCCAGCUGGCUCGGAUGUUGGUGGAGUACACCCAGAACCAGAAAGACGUUUUGUCAGAAAAGGAGAAAAAGCUAGAAGAAUAUAAACAGAAGCUCGCUCGGGUAACCCAGGUCCGCAAGGAACUGAAGUCCCAUAUUCAGAGCUUGCCAGACCUCUCGUUGCUGCCCAACGUCACAGGAGGCUUGGCCCCCCUGCCCUCUGCUGGUGACCUGUUUUCAACUGACUAG